GUAGAAUAAUUGUUAGCGAAUUGUUUUGUGUGUGUGUGUGUGUGUGUGUGUAUGUAUGUCUGUAUACACACACUGUGUGAGAAAUACAUAUGCUCACUCUGACAGAAGACAUGAAAUUAUACAGUUCAAAAACCACAUACAUGCCUUUUGAAAAAUAGUUUUAUUCAGGGUUUUCACUGUGGACAGAAUUAUAGAGUUGCUCACUUAAUUCUGAUAGUGUGUAUUUAAUAUAAUCCUUGUAUAAAUAGGUGAAAAGAUUCAGGUUUUAUUUAGUAGUCAAUAGCAUAAAGAUGUUUUGGGAAAACAAGUAUUUGUCAUGUGAAACAUAAUUUUUAAUUUGUGAAGAACCACUCUACCCAUUCAAUAAACCAUCUUAUUACGGAAAUACACAAUCAAUGGUUUGCAAACUUUUAUACUUCACAGAAUACUUGCAAUAAAUUGUAAGUAACUCAGAUUAUACAAAUCAAGGGAUUUUUUUAAAGAGCUAGUUCCUUACAAGGAAGUGGAUUUGUGAAGUAUUAGUAGGAUAUAGUACAUUCUGUGAAAGAAAAAAAUUCAUCAUUACUUAAAUAUCCAAUACAAGUAAGAAAUAAACAUUUCAUUAAUAAAAGUGUAUGUUAGCAGGCAUAAACUGCAUUUUUUAUCAUUUUAAGAGAAUUUUGUUGUUCGUUUAGCAAGAAAUUGGUGUUUACAAAAUGUACACUUAUGAAACCUGAGAAAUUACUGUAGUUAGAAUUAUUAAAUAUGAAAUAAGAUGGAAUACUAAGAGCGUAAAAUAAUUUAAACUUUAUUAACAUAAUUUUCCUUUUUAGUUUGAAAAAUAAGGUAAUUUGUAAGGUUUAAAAGGAAAGUUGGAAUGCAACUUAGAGCAUGUUCAUAAUGUGCACAGAAUGAGCUUGAGAAUGGUUUGUUGGGUUUUUUUGGUUUAAACGUGCUGGUUAGUUGAUGUUAUGACUACUUAAAAUUUAUUUAAGGAUUGUGUCACACUCCUGUUGAAAAACCUCACUGUAACUGUAAUGUAUUUGCUGCUGUGACAUUUCAAGACAUUUUCAGUUUAUCAAAAUGAAUACCAACUUACAUUAUCAUUUUGCUAAUAACCAAAUUUGCAGUUCAGGGUCUUGAUAGAAAUACAAAUAUUAAACAGUGAAGCUGUUUUGAACUUUCAGUAAUAUAAAUUCUUUAUAAAUUUGGUAGUUAGAAGUUAGGCAGUUCACUUUAAAUAUGUAACUUUUAAUAGAAUUUAAGGGAGACCAAUUACCUUCAUAUUACAGUUUUUAAAUGAAUUUCAAAGUAUUCACAUUGGACUUUAUAUAUAUAAUUUUAUUUGUGUAAUAUCACAAAGCAUAUGUCUACAUAUGAAGAAUGAGGGCUUGCUUCAUAUAUUCAAUAUGGAACAUCAAUGCCCUUUUCCUCUGAAAGUGUAAUUAUUUCUGUAUACAUCUAAUUUGGCUUAGAAAAAAAUUUUUUUCCAACUUUUAUGCAUUUUGUGCACAUGUAUACAUUGUCAAAUGUGUUUUUUCACUUAAAUUUGCAUGUGCAGAGGUUAGUUAUAUACAUGAAAUGGGACAUUAGAUACAUGUGGGCCACACCAGGUAAUUUGAUUUUUAGAUAAAUUUGCCACUAAGUUCAGUGGAAAGUAUAUUUGCAAUACUGAUGGCAAAAUCUAGCCCAUUACCUUAUUAAAAGAUAACAGCUUACAUUUUUAAAUAGAAUAAAUCCUUAAGAAAUUAAGUGAAACUGCACAACCAGUGUAUCAGUUCUUUGGUCUCUCAGAUCUAUACUGAAUAUUCUUUGGUGAUUAAGGUUUACUUACAUAUUACAAAAUGGAUCCUUUUAUUUAGCCAGAACUGUACCUAAUAACAAGCAGGUCACAAAACAGCAGAUGUCAGGGUCAUCUUUCAUUAUAAAAGAAUUAAGCCAUAUUUUGUGAGGGCCAGAAGGAUUAAUUUGUUAAUGUAUCCCCACUGGAAAAUGAAGUCGAAAAAAGCUAAAUGUUUCAAGAUCUGUCUUUAUACAGUUUUACUUGCAAAAAUUUGGGGUUUCAAUACACUGCCUAAUAUUUGUACCAUACUGAUGUUUUAUACUCCUCAGACAGUGCUAUAAACUUGAGUCAGAAGUUUGUAUUGAAGGCAAAUUACAAUACUCUUUUUAUAUCAUUUAAAAGAUGACCUGACCAAAAAAUUGACAGGAUUCAUAAAAUCAGGGAUCAUUUUACUAUUGACUUAACAGUGCUCAGUAGUUUUGUAUGUAAUAUUAUAAUUAAUUUUCAACAUUUUAGUACUUGUAUUUAUUUUUUGGUCAGAAAUAGUAUAUUAAAAUAUUUUUUGAUAGUUUAUAGAUGAUAUUCAACCUGUAAGUGUUUAAAAGGAACAGAACUAUUUGUUUCUAAUUAUUAGGCUAACCUUUGAUUACACAACUAAGGAAAGGCAGGGAAAUGUGUAGAUUCUCCUUCCCCAACCCCUGUGUAUUCCAUUAAAUGUCAUUUAAAUUAUACAUUUUGAACUGUUUUAUAAAUUCAGUUACCAGUCACUACUUAGUAAUUGACAAUUUCUGAAAAUUCAUGUUUCAGCAGAAUUUUAAAUGAAGGCGAAAGCAAGCCCUACAUGCUUUCUACUUAUUUGAAUGUUUCUCAAGUAUUUUAUAUUAAAAAACAGUGCCUCUGUUUUUAGAACUACUGCUCAGUAAAGCUGUUUAAACCAUUUCUGGUAGCUAAUGACAAUUUUAUAUUAAAUUGUAUAUUAACUUUAGUGAAACUGAUUUUUUAGUUGUUUACAGUACAAAUACUUGUAUUUGUUUUUUAAUUGCAGUAUUUCCAUUGUCGCAGUAAUUUAGUAAAACUCUGUGGCUGCCUUGAUUUUUGACAGAUUUUGUUAACAACUGAUUUCUAGGUAAUUAGUUAUAUUUAUGCAUAAAUCAAUUGCACUAUAAUUCAUGAAUUAUUUAUUACAAUAUUUUCUAAUGAAUUCCAUGUAUUUGUCUUGUGUUGUAGAUGUACUGUAAUUCUGUUUCUUCUUUGUGUUGUUAUAUUCCUAAAUCUGAUUGUAUGAAUUUAAUUGUUUAGUUAACGUGUUUCUACGUUGUAAUUUGUAGUAAAGCACUUCAAUGCUUUUGCACAUAAAUUUACAACACUGAUGUGUGAUUGAUUUGCUCAUUCAGUAAAAAAAAAGAAAAAAAUAAGAAAAGAAAAAGCUGUACACUGACUCAUUUGACUUACUCCUGAGGCACAAGGUUAAUAGCAGCGGCAUAAGAUCAAAACCUGUACAAAUUAAGCAUUUAGUGGCUAUUUUACUAUGAGAACAUUUAUAAAGCAGAAAUAGGUGUUUUGAAGAAGGAAUUUUUCUCAGAAAUUAUACAUUACUCAUAAAUGAGAAGAAAUUCAGAAAGCUAAAGGAUGUAUAUAUUAUAAAACUUUUGCAGCUGAAAAUUAGCAAAAGCAGUAAGGACACUUAAAUGGAACUGGAUGUUCAUUUUCCUAAUGCAAUUAUCUAUAUAUCUAAUUACAUUAGCUUUUUAGUGGAGAUUUAUUUACUUAGGAAAGCCAGAAAAUGAAUAUUUCAGUAAGUACAGAUUUCUAUUUCUGUAAUAGUUCUAUUUCUUUCUUUCUAUUAGUAUUUGACAAUACUUUUGGUUCCAAUUACGCUGUGAAGUUGCUGUAUUUGUCUAAGUUGUCUGUGGCUGAGAAGACAGAGGAUGGAAUUCUAGGGAAGGAAAUCUUUAGGCAGUCUCUAUUAGAGUCCUUUCCUGACAGUUUUCUGGGUUUGAGGAGAAGGCAAAGUUUUUUUGUUUGUUUUUUAAUAUAAAAUAAUAUGCUGGAAAGAUAGUGCUUAACCUUAAGACAUCUCAGCCUUAGUGCCAAUUUUGGAUUCCAGUCAAUCCCCACUCCUUGGUAUUGACUGCCCCUGACCUCCAGCAGGGAAAUAGUGCAAUUCCAUGCUUAACUCCUGUCUUCAGAGGUAUUGUACACAAUGGGAAAUGGGGGAGCAGCAUGUAUUGAUGCUCUCCCCUCUUAACCCCUCCGUUUCCUACCCACUCUCUAACUGUCUUUCGUGUGAUUUGUAGGAAGUGCAAGACAGUUCUGUGCAGAAAGCAUGCAAUUGUGAAAGUGAUAACCCUUCCUUCACCGUUUGGCAUUAACGUUAGAGCCUUUUGUCCUGAGGAGAGUCUAAAUUAGAGUGUGACUAUACAAACUUAAAAGGGCUAUAGGAAGGAAUUGCAGGGAAUGUUAAAGCUUUAAUUUGUCUGCAUAUUAAGCUCCGCUCCCAAAUUGCAACUAAGUCAGGAGUUGGUGCAUUUCACAAAUGUGGGGGAAUCAUUUAGUGUGGUACCAUUAUGAUAGAUGAAGUUGCCUGUCAGCCUGAAAAACUAAAGCAUGUCAAGGGAAAGCAGAUUAUAAACAUAUUAUGCAAGGGUAGAUAAGCAGGAAAGAGAUCAUAUUAGGAGAUGGAGGAGUCUCCAGUAUGCCUGUGAUAAUCAGGAUGUAGAUUCAUUCAAUAGGUUGAUCUUCAUGUAGCCAAUUUGAAGCAGUUUUGAGGCAUUUGGAAAGCUUGCUUGCUAGCUUUGAGAAGCUUUCAAGGUUCUGGAAGUUUCUUCCACCAGUGAGCUUAUAUUAAAUAAAAAUUACUCAUAUUUUGGAUAUGAGUAGUCUACAGUUAAAGAUCUCCAGUGAAACUCCGUUAGACAUAGCUUAUAAGCCUAGAAAGACAAACAUCUGUCUGUUUAGAGACUUCGCUCUAUGGAAGCAGGUACCAUAGCCAUCACUUUAGCAAAUUAGUACUUAACAAAUUUACUGCGAUUUGCAAACAAAAUAUUGAAGACCUAGUGCUUUGUUCAUUUUUUUCCUAUGUAAGUUUUCAAAACAUUAUUUCAUUAAAGUCAUGGUGGUAAGGAGGGCAAUUAGUUUUUAUCCGUAAUUGAAUUACUAGAGUAAACUUUCUUCUUACAAGUGAUACUUUUUGACAUCUCAUUACUCCUGAAUUUGUAGAACAAUCUGUAACAAAACGGACCCACGUUAAGUCUGAGAAGUAACACUCAAAUUCUUCUCAAUGUAGUGGCGUCAAAAACAGUUAAAUCUUGACAAGACAUGCCCUUGAAUAAUGUUCUUUUUAUUUUAGAUUGCAAGUGCAAAGAAGGGGGGUGUUUUCUCUUCUAACGGCAUCAAUUAUUUCAGUUUAAAUAUAAUUAGAAUUUCAGCCAAUAGUAUCAGGAUUAUUCUAGGCUUUUAUGAGCGCUAAACUUUAAAAUUCAUGGGGGACAAUAAAAAUACAAAAUUAUGUAUGUAUAAUUUUUAGUGAGAAAGCUAAAGCAAAAAGUUGUUAUUGAUGCUAAUUACACUGAGUAUGGACUAAUUAAUGAAUAGGCAACUUUAAAUAUGUUAAUUUUUUUAAAUGUUUCUUUCUUGCUCAAUACGGUUGUAAAACUAAUCAAAGUGAAGUUUUUCUAAAGUACAGGCUUAAAUGAAAAAAAUUACGUGAGAUGAUAUUAGAGUGAAAAGUUAGUGUCAUGUUCAGAGUUUGGUGAUAUGUUUAAACAAUACAUACUUUUCUAAAACAGAAUUCUUACAAUAUUUUCUACUUGUGCAAUUGGUUUCAGUAAAACAUUUGAAUUAGAUGUUAACUAUCUGAUGAUAGUUGCUAUCCAAGAUAUGGAUUUUGUAUUUAGUUGAAGAAAGAUCUGUAUUAAUUUCUACCAUGGAAAAUUUUCAGCUUUUCAAUAUAAAUGAUUGAUUAGUUCAACAGCUGAUGCAAAAUCAGAGGAAACAGCUAAUUUGGAAAAAGGAAAAUCAACAUUAAACAAAGUUUUGGAGACUUUUUGUUCAUAUCACUGGCAACAGACUUUGGCUAUGUUAAAAUUUUUAAUACAAGACGAAAAUGUUUCUAUAGUUUGCAGUUGCAAGCAAACACAUUUUGUCCACUCUGAAAUUCCCAGUUCCCUCACUGAAGAGGACGUUCACAUUUCAUUUUGCAACUGCAAUGGACAUAUGCUGACAAAAAGGUGCUGUUUACAAAAUCAAAGACCAAACACUUGUUUACCGCCUCUAUCUGUCUGUAUUAAAGAUUUCCAUUGUUUGUCAUGCCAAGCUGUAGCAAUUGGAUGUAUUAAGACAGUGGUAAACAAAGCAUGUAGUGCUCAUAGGUACUGUGCUGAACAAUUACAAAACUGUAGCAGGCAUUCUGUGAAAGCAGCAGCAUGUACAUCUUCUUCUGCUAAGGAUUGUGAUGUGCUCAACAGCAUUAAAAAUUCAAGCAGAUCUCGCAGCCCAUCACCACCUCCACUAUCACCUGUACAGAGUAAAGAAUUUGAAACAUUGGAAGGAUCAGUUACAGAUUUUCCAACUUUAGACAACAACAAGCUUGAAAUAUCCAUCAACCAACCUCCAUCCCUCUUGCCAGCUGAAGAAAGCAAUGGAAAAUCUGAAUAUGAAAGUAAAAUAUGCAGAGGAAAAGUGACCGAGUAUUCAGAUGGAACAUUGCUAUCAACAGAUCAAGAAGGCAGCAAUUGCUAUAUAAAUUCUGAGAAGUUUGAAAAAGGUGAGCAUUCUGCCAUUUUUCAAGAUUUAAUGGACCGUAUUAAUGAAAAAUUAAAAUCAAUAGAAACUACAGAUAUAGCAACAAAUCUUGUAAAAUUUUCUAGCAGUGACAGGGCACCAGAAAAUGAUGUGAAGUUGGGAGACUUCAUAACCUCUCUCAUGCAUAACGCUAAGGCAAGUGAUUACAGUUUUAUGGAAUUACUUAGCCAACAUGAUAAACAAAUGGAAAAUAAAAUUAUCCAAACAAGAUUUCGCAAGCGUCAGGAAACUUUGUUUGCAAUGUAUAAUUCUCCUGAUUCACCAUUCAUUCGACGACAGUCUUUGCAAAUCAAGAGGGAACUUGCAAGCCUUGAUGAAACUCUUAUAAGAAAAAAGUCCAGUUCUGAGAGAAAUGCCAAGAAAUCUACAAAAAAUUUUGAUAAGAUAUACCCAAACAGAAGACACAGCUUUACUGUGAUAGAAGAUAAAGCUUUGCAAGAUCUUGAAAGUAAUCCAUGUAUGAAUUGCCAAAGCCAACCAGUGUGCUUUCCAAUACACCAACCAGAAUCUUUCAAACUACCUCUUGCUGAUUUUCAAAGCAGCUCUGGUUUUCUCUCUCUUUCAGAAAACAGUGCCAAUCAAAUUAAAUUUGCAAAAACACAAGGAGAUUUUGCAACCAUAAAAGAGACUGAUCAGAUGUCUUUGAAGCAGGAAGGCAAGAGAAUCUUGAGCAGAACUAAACGUAACAUUGUGCCACCUGGAUGGUACUCUGUGUAUGUAACAAACAAUAUCGUAUUUGGAAAAUCAUCCAAGGCAAAAAAGUCUUUAGAAAGUUUGGAAAAAAUGAAAAUAAAGAAAGAUGUUCACACUGAAAGAUGUAGUGACAGAAAUGUAAGCAAAAUUGUGAGAAACACAAAUCUACAAGUUGUUGUAGAGCGUUUAGAAGAUACAAUAAACUUAGCCAAAAAGACUAAUAACCCAUUGUUGGAUAGUUACAAAAUAAGCCAAAAAUUAAAAGAUUGUGCUUAUGAGCAUGUUAUGAACCCAGCUGCUAGGAGUGGCUUACCUUUCAGUCUGAGUGAAACAAGAUGGAUAGGACAAAGUUUCCUUCCACAUUCACAUGUGCCAAGCAGCAGUAAACCCACAGCUGUGUGUGUGACAACAAAUAAGCAAGAAGUGGGUAUAGAUCUAGAAACUAAUGACAGCCUUUUGAAAUCUUCAUCCUUUGAUUCAUCCAGUUCAACUUCCAGUAAUGGGGACUUGCAUACAAAUUCCGAAGCUGGAGAGAUCUCAUCUCCCUUAAACUACUCUAGCCCUGUUAAGCUUAUGUUUGUCUCAGAGGUUAACAGUAGCGAAGGAGUCAAAUAUACUUUGACAUCUGCAACUGCAUCUUCUAAAGCAAAUAUAGAGAGUUGUUUGUUGCAGGGGCACACAAACGCUGUGUUGGAAGAACAGGCUACGAGAGAUCUUUCUCGUGCAAUCUGUGUCAAGGAUUGUUAUCACAAUGAAAAUGGCACUAAGGAGGAAUCAAGUUGCAUUUAUGCAGAAGCAAAUACAGGCUCUUGUGCUGUUGGUCAAACUAACUCAAAUAAUUCUAAACAAAAUGAAGAAACUGUGGAGAAAUCAAGCAGUAGCAGUGAAUUGGUUUUAAAAAGAAAACCUGGUAGACCAAAGAAAAUAGGUCCUCAAGUUGUUAAGCAGAUUAAGAGACCUAUUGGACGACCUCCAAAACCAAAAACAGACUUAACUGAAAGUACAGAACAUAGAACUGAACUUAGCAGUGGUGGGAAAAGUACCAAAUCUGAUGCAGCAGUGAUGGAAGACGUUAACAGUAACAAAAAUAUUAUUGUGACAGUUGUUUUUGGAAGGUCAAGAAGAACUAAAAGACAUGUUUCUGAAGGUAAUCUAAAUGUAAUCAGUGUUCUGCCUACACAACAGAUUGAUUCCAGUUUUGCCAGUGAUCAUGGUAAAGCAAGGCAAAAUGCAGAAACUAAAAAUGCUUUGACUGAAAUAGUAAAAGUCUUACAGAAUUCUGCUACUGAAAAUGAGGUCUCUGGUUAUGACUAUAUUAGACCUAUCAAGAGUAACCCAGCAUCACCACAUCCUUGCAGCAAUAUUAUACGGCCAGUUAAGAAACCUUUAACCACCAUUCGAAAACCUGGUAGACCAGCAAAAGUAAAAAUCUCUGGCAUAUCAGUGACUGUUAAUAGAUUUUCACCUCAGGAAAGAAAAGUGAGUAUUAGCAACUGUUUGCCUCCUUUGCAACAACAAAAUGUGUUAGAAAAAAACAUACCACAGGAGAAAAGCAAUCCACUGUGCAAUAAAAUGGGUCAAGUAAGGAGCAUUCAGAAAGAUUCUAGAAAGGAUGGAUCAGACAAUGUUAUUACAACAGCAUCAAGAAAACGUGAAACUCCAUUAAGACAUUCUGUCAGAGACAGAAAACCUUCACUUCACUUUUUACAUUCAUUAGCAUCUUCUAGUGCAUUUACUUGUAGAAGUGCCUUGCUACAUAAAUCUUAUAAACUCCAUUUGAGAAACGCUAAAGAUCAAAAAGAUAAACAUAAGCAAUCAAAUCAGAGCAUAGCAUCCAAAGAUACCUCAGAAAUGAGAAAUUCAGGGAAUUCAAAAAAGGGUCCUGAGGAUGAUGAAUUCAGGCCCAUUAAUGAAGUAUCGUCAGAUCCCAUUUUUUCAUCAAAUCCUUCUCUCAGGUGGUGGGCUACUUCCACUUCAAGCGACACUUUGUUGGAAGAAUUAAAUAAUAGAUUUGAACAGAUAACUAAUACCUGGUUGCGAGUGGGGGGAAAUGAGUUUGAUAAAUGUGUCUGUGAAAAAAGAGAUCCCAUUGAACAAGACUGUAACACUGAAAUGUCAAAUCCUUUAGACUCCUGCCUUGUAGAACUUGAAACAUCACCUAUAAAAAUGCUUUUUCAGAAAAAGUGUAAUAUGAAUGAACUCUGUACCUGGUUUAUGCAAACUACAGAAACACAGUCUCUCUCUCUAGUGAGAAAGGCAAAUGCUCGCAAUCCUUUAGAAGUAGUUAAUACUAGAGAGAUAAAGAUGGAAACUAAACAAUCUGAUCUUAGUACUUGCCCUUUCAGAAAGCACUUUAAAAAGUUUGCACUAUCCUCUCCUUCAAAACCAGCAGGGAAGUUACAAAUAUUACAUAACAUGGUCAGCUCUCCAGUCUUAAGUAUGAAAAGUAAUUUCACGUUAGCCAGAUUAAAAAGAAGUGAAUUUAAGAAGUUACAACACGAUAGGUGGGGACAACUGAAAAAGCUAUAUAAUCAGGCUCCCGGAGGCUGGAAAUCAAAAAAGAAAAAUUUACAGUUCUUUUGCCAAAGCCAGUUGUUUAAAAGUACAAGUGAGGAAGCCAGUGAUGAAAUGUCCAUGCUCCAGGAAAAAAGUACAGUAGAAAUCCAGACCACUGAAACUUUGGUGGAAUCUCAGAGUAGUCUCUUGCCAACUGGAAAUGAAGCCAGAGGUGCAUUUGUCCAACAGAUGAUGGGAUCUUCUGACUUUAACCCACAUCCUGGUUUAGCAAAUAUACUUAAACCACAUGCAGAGACAAAUGGAACAAUUUGUAGCCAACAAAAUGUUAGAAAAGAACAAAGCCAAGAUAAACUGUUUCAAAAUGCAUGGAAAGCCAAAACCUUUAGAGAUUGUAGAAUAUUUCUGAGAAAAAUCAACCAUAUUGAGCAGCACAAUUCAUUUAAGUUAAAUAAUAUCAUUUAUUCUCCUGAAGUUGUUGAAAGUAAGAGCAAUCAGGCCUAUAUGGAAGAAAAAAGACAUCCUCUUUUAAGGUCCCAUUCCAGUAAGCAAAAUGCAUUAAAGAAACAAGAAAAUGAAAUGGAAACAUCUAAAGGAACUAAUUCUUCCAAAGUGACUGAAAGGCUGGAUGACCACUUUAACAGCAGAAAAUUAAGUAGUGGUGUAAACCAUGAUGAUAAUCCUGCUGGUAAUUCUGAAGUUCUUAGCAGAAUAAACAAAAGAAAAAGUCCACAAUGGGAGACAACAGAUACAAAUAUAAGGAAAAAGCAUAGGAGACAAUCAUGCAGUAGUGGACAAAUGGCAACUUAUUACCCAAAGUACCAGCUAGCACGCUACAAGUGAAAGUCUCGGAGCCGCAGAAUUCAGUAGACUUGAACACAGAAAAUGAACAUUUGAAGUCCAUAAAGAUGUGCCUUAAUCAGCCCACUGAGUGGAAUCUGAGUUUUGCAGCAGCCUCCCUUGCCAGCUGUAAAGUUUUUAACCAAAAUCUCAAAACUGAUGAGAACAAAUAGAUUGCAGCUGUUCUUGCACUAUUAUUUUGUACAUUGUUCUU